AUGCCCAAAACAAAGAUGAAGAAGCGUAUUCAACAAGAAGACAGGUCGUCAUCGCUGCCACCUGCUUUAGAACAUCAAAAAUCCAAAAAAAGUGUACAUAGAAAACAACAUACACAAACUCACUCCAGUGCCCCGUCUGCGAGCUCUUCCCGACCUCGAAAGAACUCUAAUCUGCCUAGCAACAAUCGUUCCAACACCACAAAUUUGUCGACUUUAGCACAUUCUCAACCUACGAACAACUCAUUGGCUUUAGCCCAUUCACAGCCGACUAACGCCACCAGCUUUUCCCAGCCACAUGUUCUGACCAACAGUCAAAAAGCGUAUCUAAAGCAUGUUACUGAGACUCUUGAUCUUUCUAGCAAAGCCCAUGAGAAGGCACUAAAGGAUGUUGUUCGACGAGACUUUAAUGCCCUGAUCAUGGAUGUCAAGAUUCAGGCUUAUUCUUGUAUCCGUGACUCAAAACGAUCUGCCAUACGACAAUGCUUUGAUGCAUUAUGCAAGAAAUACAUCAAGUCCAGAGACAAACAAUUCAUCAAAGCCCAUUACCCUACUGGAUACGAAACACCUGAUGGGGCUGAAGCAGUCAAAACUAUCACUGACUGGGCUAAUCGAUGUGCAACAGACACCCGUAGCCGUUUACGACAUUGUCUUCUCAUAGAUGUGAAGCCUUCAGGAAACGAAGCUUCCAUGAAUGCCAUGCCCAGCCUUCAACAACUUACUAGCUUGGUUCAUCACACCUUCAUCCUCCAAAUUGACCCCCGAACUGAAGAGCAAAUAUUCAAAGAUGUCUCCAAAGACUUCAAACACCGUCUCGCCUUCUUACGCAUACAUGCUGUGUACACCAUGCAAAACCCAAGCACCGAUCGUAAAUAUUGCAUCUGGACUAGUGUUGAUAACACUCUUGAACAAUUGAAGAUUAUGAAAAAAAAACAUGGAAAGUUGUACAAAACUGCACAUCAAGAUGAAGUUGAAGAGGAAGAUAAUGCCCGCCCUGCAGCUGAAGAUGACCUUUCUGAUCGGCUUGGCGAUGAGGAUGACUUUUUACCUGAUGAUGAGGAUGACUUCUUACCUGAUGAUGAGGAUGAUGGCUUACCUGACAAUGAGGAUGAUGGCUUACCUGAUGAUGAGGAUGAUGGCUUACCUGACAAUGAGGAUGAUGGCUCACUUGACGAUGAGGAUGAUGGCUCACUUGAAAUUUAA